AUGACAGCGUUAUUUGACGUGCGUCGAAAUUACCGAGUCAAAAUGACCAGACACCCAUUAUAUAUCAUUAUAUUCGUGAGAAGUUCAAUGAAGAGAUGUUUUCUCUCUGGACUAAGUGCCAAGCAACAGGAGCAGUUAGCUGACAUAUCCACCAAGCCACCACCACGAACAAGAUUCCAGGAACUCAGGGAGAUGCAUAGAAAAAUACUAAAAAUGUGUCAAUCAAUACAAUCCAUUGGAAAACUAAAACUUUCUGAAAACAAGGUGUAUGAUUUUACAUCAGACGAUUUAAAAGAUUUAGGAGGUAUUGGUCGAGGUGGCUUUGGAACUAUGAACAAAAUAAUACAUCAUAGUAGUGAUACAUUAAUGACUGUUCAGAGGAUAAGCGGUGUUAAAGAAAAUGAAAAAUUUCUAAUGGACUUGGAUGUUGUAAUGAAAUUUAAUGAAUGCCCUUAUAUUGUGCAAUUUUAUGGAGUUGUUUUCAAAGAUUGGGAUUGUUGGAUUUGUAUGGAAGCUAUGGACACAUCAUUGGAGAAGCUCUAUAAAUACGCCUAUGAAAGAUUAAAUCAACAAAUUCCAGAAAAAAUAUUGGGAAAAAUAACCGUUGCAAGUGUAAAAGCAUUGAAUUACCGUAAAAAAAAUUUGAAAAUCACGCCCAGCAACAUUCUAUUGGAUUGUCGAGGAAAUAUAAAACUCUCUGACUUUGGUUUGCCAGGGCAGUAUAGUAUUGAUACAACAAGUUAUUCAAGCUAUAUGAGCUACUGUUAUAUGGCUCCGGAAAAAAUUGAUCCUAAUCUUCGUCGAAGAGUUGGUUAUGAUGUUAGUUCAGAUGUUUGGGCCUUAGGUAUCACAUUAGUAGAAGUUGCCACUGGACAACUACCAUACUCAACAUGCAGUACUGUUUUUCAACAAGCCUGUCAGAUUCUUAAAGAAAAUCCUCCACGAUUGCGGGCUUCUGACAACUUUUCUCCUAAUUUUGUGAAUUUCGUAAAUACUUGUUUGAUAAAAGAUGUAAACCAAAGGCCAAAAAACAACGAGUUACUAGAACACUUAUUCAUAAAAGGAAGUGAUGCUGAAAGUGUAGAUGUAGCUUCUUAUGUUGGAGAAAUAAUGGAUGCAAUGGCAAAUGAUGGCAAAAAAAAAAAAAAAAAGCCAAUGAAAACAUCUAAAUGUACUUUAGUUUAA